UCCCCAGUCAUAACUGAAUGACGGCAUGUCGCUAUGGAAACUGCGUUACGCUCCGGGCGGCCGGAGGAGAAAACAAGAGCGCGAGGACUCAUUUCAGUCUUCACUUCAGCACCAAGCGAGCUCCUGGACAGCGCCCGGAUGAACUCGCGCACACAUAGUAGUCUCGUAUGCCUUAUAAGGGACACAUCAGCACCGAGCCUCACCGGAGAGUGUAGGGACUUGAGAAGAGAAACAAAGCCAGUCACUGUCGGGACCUGAAGCUCGGAGGAGGUUCUACUAUCAAACCGGGAGACAGUCGCUCCCUCAAAUGCCACAGCAACAACAGGGCAGCAGCAUGUCUGAAACUAAAUCCAGUCAGCGGUUCCAAUGCCUGAACGCUGAGCAGGUAGAGGUCCUCCAUCAGGUUCUGUCAGAGGUGGUUCCAAUUCACGGCCGCGGGAACUUCCCCACGUUGGAGCUGCGUCCUAGAGACAUCAUCAUGGCUGUGCGGGCCAGGCUGCAGAAGCAGGGAAUCACAGUGAGAGAUAUUCGUCUGAACGGAUCCACGGCUAGCCACGUCCUCUUCCGAGACAACGGAACGAGCUACAAGGACCUGGACGUCAUCUUCGGAGUGGAGUUGCCCAGUCAGGAGGAGUUCCAGGUGAUCAAAGAGUCAGUACUGAGCUGUUUGCUGGACUGCCUACCUGCUGGGGUCAAUCGAGAGCGGAUAAGCAGCGCAACAAUGAAGGAAGCCUACGUCCAGAAAAUGGUCAAGGUCUUCAAUGAGCACGACCGCUGGAGCCUCAUCUCGCUCUCUAACAACAGCGGCAAAAACCUGGAGCUCAAAUUUGUAAGCACGCUGAGGCGACAGUUUGAGUUUAGCGUUGACUCCUUUCAGAUCAUUCUGGAUCGUCUUCUCGAGUCCUACAUGCAGCAGGAGUUGCAGCAGAAAAUGAAAACUGGUGAACUUAGGGAGCAGCCUGCAGAGAAUCAGAAAAAAGACUCUUCGUCUCUGCUCAGAGAACCUACUGCCCCGAAAACAGAAAAUGCCUCUGGUAAAGACUUAUCCAUCAAAGCAGAGGCUCAGAUCAGCCAGACACAACAGAGAGAUGAGGUACAUGAAAAGCAGUCCAACACUGUACCCAAUACACAACAAAUUGAACAGUCCAACCAGACGAAAGACUCCAAAGUGGAGAAAGACAACAAAGGCAUAAAACCUGUUGAGCUGAAAGAAGCGUCAGAACACAAAGAAACAUUCAGCUUUUCUGACCAGACUUUACCAAAACAUUUUUCAGAAGAAAAACAAACCUCUGAGAAUUCUGACCAGACUUUACCAAAACUUUUGUCAGAAGAGAAACAAACCUCUGAGAAUUCUGAACCACCAAAUCAGAUUGAACUCAGACACGAGCCAGAGCUCCCAGACAUCACCAAAUGUCUAACAACGGUAGAAAUGUCAGAGCCAACCCAGCCCUGUGAUGACCAACAACCAGCACAUUCAAAUCACCAGGAACUCUCUGUCCAGAAAGAACAAUCCAACCACACAAAACCCCCUGAUGAAGGAGAGGAACUCACAGAACAGAUGGCGCACUCCGAGUCGCCAAAAAGCUCAAACAAAACCCAGGCAGAGUCUCUAAACCUGGCAGAAGAAUGUCACAGUGCAGACUUCUCCGAGUGUUUCAGUGAGGAUCAGAGUAACGAUGAGAAAGAUAAAACACAACAUUUGACUGCUCCUGACUCCAGCACAUCUUCACCUGCACAGAUAGAGACACAGGUAGAAGAAGAGAGACAAGAAGAAACAGAGACAGUUGAGCAAGAAGAGAGAAAAGAUGAGAUGGGAAUAAGAGAAAUGACAGAAGAGAUCACAGCCUCAGAAGCUACAAACAUAGACAACACACAGGGUAUUGAUUGUUCCGGCUCCACCUCUUCUUCUAUAUCCCUUUCUCUUGACAACACAGAGCCUGCCGGUACACAAGAUACAGCAGAGAUUCACAGCACACUUGACACAGAUAACUCAGAGAAAACACCUAACACACUUGAAGCUGAAAGCCCUCCAAAUACUCAGGAUGGUUUACCUGCACCGCCCAGCCUUGUUUCUGACCAAAGACCUCCUCUUCUCCCUCAUGUAAGGCCUCAGAGAGACUUGCUCACAUGGUGGUGCUUAAACACAUCUCUCCCAAACCCCCUCGGAGGAUGUGUAGGAAGGUAUCCCCCAAUAGUGACCCACAUCAAGUCUCUGAUAGCGAAUCUGUCGUAGAUCCAAACCCUUGCCCUAGCCCUGAACCUGAGAUAGUAUCCGACCCAAAGCCCAGUUCAGACCCUACAACUACCCCAACAACUGGUAACUCUACGAAAACAAACCCUGAGCAUGAAUCCACCCCUCCCAGUAAUCUUACUUGUGACAUAGGCCUUACUCCUGAUCCAGCCCCUGAUAUAAUCUCCACCUCUGCAGUGGAUCCCAUUUCUCAUUUAGCUCAAGAUCCCUCCUCCAGUCAGCUAAUCACAGAGAGUUCAUGUGAGACAAGUAUUCAGAGCAU